GUGCGUCAUCCAGUUCGCUGCGUACGCCGUCUGUCUGAACCAUCUCCUCAUCUACCAAGUCGUCGCUCGCCGCCACAAUCCCUCUUGUAGAUCUCGUAUAGGAGAAGGCACAUCCGUGACGCAAUGGAGGAACAAUUGGCAUCGAUAUCCUUGGAACCUGCUGCGGCCGGGUCGCUCGAGGGCGAGCUCCCGUCGGCAAGCCAAUCGCCAGUUACACCUCUCCAACCUCGCACGGGCAGGCGGCCUCCGACAGAAAUUAUCGCAGCUGCCUCCCCAAUGCGGGUCGACAGAACCGUCCACGCGCUGCUGAACGUACUCACGAUGGAGCGCAUCGACCCUGUCUCAGGCGCAAUCAUUGCGUGGGCGAACAAGUCAGAGCACGAGGAGGAUGGUCGCUCGCUCAUCCAGGUCAUUCGGCUCGUGUACAAUGCGGCGAUCAGCAAUCCCACCUCGUCAGAGGUGUACGCACUCCUGUGCCGACGGAUGAUGGAGGGGAUCAGCUCUAGGGUUCAGGACAAGGACAUCAAGGAUGCGGAGGGCAGGCCUCUGGCGGGAGGGCAGCUUUUCCGCAAAUACCUGCUGAACCGGUGUCAGGAGGACUUCGAGCGCGGCUGGGCUGCCCAUUCUACCGCUGAGAGCGACAGGUCGCGCGAUACAGCUCCACGCGCGAACGAGGACUACCCUGCGCGAUGGACAGCAAGGCGGCUGGGGCUUGGUUUGAUCAAGUUCAUGGGCGAGCUGUUCAACGUGCGGUUAAUUCCGGAGCGUAUUAUGCACGAGUGUGUGAAGAAACUCCUAAGGAACAUAGAGAACCCCGAGGAGGAGGAAAUUGAGAGCUUAUGCAUGCUUCUCACCACCGCCGGCGCGCUGCUUGACAUACCGAAGGCCCGUCUCCACAUGGAUGUCUACUUCGAGCGAAUGAGAGGGCUGACGAGAAAUCCGAACGUCAGCCCCCGCAUGCAAGCAAUGCUCCAGAAUGUCGUUGAACUGCGUGAACGGGAGUGGGCUCCUGUUGACCAGGAUGUCACGCCUCACUCAGUCGUCUCACCGAGGGGCACUGGAUCAACACCACGUCCCAAUCCUGGCGUACCUCCAAUAGAUCGCGCGGCGGAUCUCCACGCGCUGGUAAUCGUGCCCAAGGCGCUGCAGAUGCCAGUGGCCGGUCUUUUGGUGGCCACACUAGUUCGCGCGCGGGUGUAUCUUCGAGGGACGAGGGCAAGGGCGAUUCCGUAUCAAUGCCACUGCGGGACCCGAAUAUCACCUCGACGGAGGGUCCUGGACUCGCAACAGAGACUGCGACCGCACGAACGAGUCGCGAGGCCAGUCCCGAGACUCCGCCGCAGCGGCGCACGAAGCUCAACCUGCUUCCACGCACUCUGCCUCGGCGUGACGAGACGCGGGCUCACUCGACGUUGGAUCCGUCGGACUCGGCUGCGCCAUCGAUGUCCCAGGACGACGCGCAGAUCCGUGUUGGUCCAGGUGAAGCCUCCGAGUCGAUAGAAUCCUUCAGCAUCGUGACCGAGCCGGGCGAACAUGAUGAAGGGCGCGCAGCUUGACAAAGAGCGACGGACUCGGCUUGAGAAUAAAUCCACGAACAGUGAUAAAUUGAUCGGACAGCUUUGCGUAGGGCAUGGAACGUCUGUAUAACGUAGGUGGAACAUAUCAUAGACAUUAAAAUACUUCAUUACAUAAGCCACGCAGAAGCGCGCUGC